AAAGUUAAUAGUCGUCGGUGUGAAAAGUUCUACAAAAUAACCUGCCUAUUGGUUUAAUUGCCAAAAUCUUGGAGAGGAAGAAAAAGGGAGAAAUCGUGCAAAAAACCUACGAGAAACCUAAAAAAAGUCCAUGAAUCGAUCAUGGAGCAAAGAUUUUGUGCUUUAAUUUGACAAACUAAAAAGAAAAACGCAUUCUUUUUUCUUUUCCGGUAAAUGGGUAGAUGGAGAGCAGCUGCUUCACUUCUCUUCAACCACUUUUUAACCAAAACACCCUUCCCUUCUUAUAAAUUCCUUCACCAUUCGCUUCCUCCCAAAGUGCCCAAACGUCUUUUGCUAUCCCCUUCUUCAAACCCAUCUCUUCGUUUUCUCUUUACAAGACCUUUCUCUGCUCUCCCAUCUCAAGUUUCGAUUUAUACCAUCGAUUCUGAUCAUGGCUCUCCUGAUUUUUCCCACCAAAAUCAUGGGUUUAUUUCCCAGCGAGAAGAAGAAGAGGAAAUCGGCAAAAUUCCCAUCAAAGCUUAUUUCCUUUGCACCAGUAUCGAUUUGAAGAGUUUGCAAGCUGGGAAUUUAAGCAACAUUGUACCUCCUUCUUCUCGUUCAUCAAAUUAUAUUGCCCUCAGAUAUUGUGAUUUCCCUCCUGAUAUUGCUGCACUUGGAAUGAAAAACAAAGUCUGUGGCUAUCGUUACAUGGUUGUUUUUCAGUAUGGGUCUGCUGUCUUGUUUAACAUUGAGGACCAUGAAGUUGAGAGCUACCUUGAAAUAGUUCGGAGACAUGCUUCUGGAUUGCUGCCAGAAAUGAGGAAAGAUGAUUAUGCUGUAAAAGAGCAGCCAUUGUUGGCUAAGGAUAUGCAAGGAGGACCAGAUUACAUUGUUCUUAAAACUCUGGACACUGAUAGUGUCCGCAUUAUUGGAAGUGUUCUUGGUCAAAGCAUUGCACUGGAUUAUUUUGUUUCACAGGUUGAUGGUAUGGUUGAAGAGUUUGCUGGUAUAAAUCGUGCAAUGGAAAAGACGGGAACUUUCACAAUGGAUAGGACAAAGCUCAUUAAACUUGUUGGAAAAGCUAAUUCAAAUUUGGCUGAUGUAAUUCUUAAAGUUGGUCUUUUUGAGAGAUCGGAAAUUGCUUGGAGAGAAGCAAAAUAUGCUCAAAUAUAUGAGUACCUUCGGGAGGAGUAUGAGGUGACACAACGCUUUGGGAAUCUGGAUUUCAAGCUAAAAUUUGUGGAGCAUAACAUUCAUUUCCUUCAAGAAGUUAUCCAAAAUAGACGGUCAGAUCUCUUGGAAUGGUGUGUCAUUUUCUUGUUAACUUUUGAGAACGUAAUAGCAAUAUAUGAGAUUGUCCGUGAAUCAACUGGAGUUUCUCUGUGAUUCGGCGAGCUGUUGAGGAGGCUAGGAUGGGCAAGUUGGUUCCAUAAGCAAACAUCAUGGGGUUUAUAACCAGAAAAGAAAGAUCAAGGCAACAUGUAUUCUUUCGCCAAUUUUUGACACAUUAAUUAUUUGUAAUAAUUUAUCUGUCAGCAGGCAGCCAAGAUAGUUUCUGGUUUAUAUUCAGAUAGUAACAUUUUUUAUGCAUCAGAAAAUCUGAAUUUUUUUCUGUCUAAAAUGUAUCAGAAACUGGAAGCUUAUAGCUUUUGAAUAAAACCAUAGCAGUGUUUACUGGCAA